GCGUAACGCCAAGACGUUAGCCGACCUAGCAGAGCAAUGUGCUAAAUUCUGCUACAUCAUACUCCGUCUUUGGGUUUCGCAUAUUAUCUCUUUCGUGGGGGCUUAUCCUGUUCCUUACUAUUUCGUGGUCGGCUCUAGUUAGUGGCUGGCGGCAACUUGCCGCAGAGCAGGAAUGGCAUUGCAAUUAUUCUCGGUUCAUUGUGCAUCAAACAAGGUGCACCAUAAACCAUUCACUAAGCGCGCUAUCUAUACAUCUCAAAGGUGUUUUAUCAGCUUGAGAGUAUGUUGCCCCGGUUCGAACCAAGCAACAGGCUGCAAACGGGGCUUCAGCCGAGUCACAUCCUCUCUCUCUGACCAACGAGCCGGUCGUCAACGGAUCCGGGAAAUAAGCAUAGCAACCAGGCUUAAACUCGCGAUGCUCAAUCGUGCACUUAAUAAUGUUUACUCAGAUUGCAGCCUGAUGGUGUAUUUGAUGCUGCUGUCCGGAUGUGAUGCCCCAUCGUCGAAGCACAGACAAUCUCCAAAAUCCGAUUACCUCAAUCGAUCUGGUGCGUUGACACAACACGCAAUUGGAGAAAAACAUUGACCGAUGCACAUGGUGCAACAUACCUGCGUUGAGUAUCGGUAAUACUGUUGAUGGAGAGGGAACAAGAUCUUAAGAAUCAUUCACAAGUCCUCACGGCCUGAGAAUGUUCUUUGAACAAAAAAGCUUAGACGAGCUUU